UCAGGCCGAUUUGCCUGGUUGGCCGCUGCGUCCUGGCGGGCCGAUGUGCCUGGUGUGCCGUUGGCCGGGUUGGCCAAUGCGUCAGGUGGUUAGCUGGGAAAUAGAGCUGCAAUAUGUGAGCAGUUUUGUCCAGGACAGUGGACCUACUCGUGUGAGUUAAACAAGCAUCAGAGUGCAAUUUUGUACUUGGCUUCAUGGUUGUCUCCUGAAGAUUUCACUGCGAAGAUAUUGCCAACUUUAGUGAAACUAUCUGCCUCGAAUGACCGACUAUUAGAGUUGGCCUUCUGCAACAUAUCGAUCAGUAUGGAGAGUCAUUAUCUUCUCAAGUUGUAGAUGAACAAGUUUAUUCUCACGUUGCCACUGGGUUUUCUGAUACACCUGUUAUUCUUCGGGAACUGGCACUAAAGUCAAUUCUCAGCUUGGCACCUAGCUGUCUCUGCGAACUAUUGCGGGAUCUUUGCUGAAGUAUCUUUUGAAGUUUCAAGUGGAUGAAGAAGCGGCUGUUAGGACAAACACAAUUCUGUUUGGGAACAUUGCCAGCUAUCUUAAUGAUGGGAUAAGGAGGUGGGUCUUGAUUAAGUUUUGAUUGAAUCUCCUGGUCGAAGGUCUCUCGGCACAAAGGCCUCCAGGUACAUAGGUCUCCAGAACAGAGGUCUCCAGGUACAAAGUUCUCCAGAACAGUGGUCUCCAGGACAGAGGCUUCAGUCUCUGUGCCCUGGCGGGCCGCUGCUCCCUGGCGGGCCGACGUGCCUGUUGGGCCGGGUUGGCCGAUGCAUCAGGUGGUUAGCUGCGAAAUAGAGCUGCAAUAUGUGAGCAAUUUUGUCCAGGACAGUGGACCUACUCGUGCGAGUUAAACAAGCACCAGAGUUCAAGGAUAAUGAAGGGCAAGUGCUAGUAGCCAGCCGGGGUAUUUCAGCCCCUGGUAAGUUCCUUUUUCCUUUUUUUUUUCCUAUAUUCUAUCUUUAGAGUUUAAUUUGGAAAUUUGUGGAAAACAAAAAGUAACCUCUAUUUUACUUUGUGCGAGGGCAACAAAAGCAACAAUGAUCAAUUUCAAUUAAGGGCAAUCAAAACAAAUCAAGUAUAGAACCGCCAGUGAUGGAAGAAAUUCCUCAAAUGCAGAGAUAGACAUGACAAACAAGGGGAAUUAUAAGAGAAACAAGAAGAAGAGGGCAAAAUUAAUGAAAGAUAAGGCAAGGGGUUUGCAUUCACUUAGGAGGUGUGAAAGUUCUCAUUCUUCUGCACAUGAUAACCGUCGCCAGAGAUCAAGGUCUCCUCGAGCUUGCAGUGGUCUUGUGACUCCAACUUCUACCAUUGUGGUGAAGGGCUUGCCAAAAGAGGCAACAGAGGAAAUGAUUCAUCGGAUCCUAGCAGAGUGGAGGCCCCUUCCCAAUAUCCGAGUGAUGCCGAAAAAGAAUACUACUUUCUGCCGUGGAAUCGCAUUCGUUGAUUUUCCGUCUGUGGUAGCGGCUCGGAAAUUGAUGGAUGAAAUUGGAGACCGCGGCCUCGAUGUCAAUGGGCGUAAGCUGUCUUUUGAUUACAGACUAGGUAAAUCAAAAUUGGCUAACGAAGUUCCGAUUGUAAAUGCUGGAAUCGGUAAAUCAGAAGUGGCCGGAGAACACGAAGAUGAAAAUGAUAGUGAAGAUGAUGAAGAAGAUUGUGAUUAUGUAGAUGAAGUGGCCUCGAAAAGGCUACCAGAUUCUUGGGACCCUGAAGAAAUACAUAUGCUAAGGGAAGCCUUUCAUUAUCUUGUAAAAGAUGAUAAGAAGAAACCAUGGAAGGAAAUGUUGGAAUAUGGACAUGAUGUCUUCCAUGCUGGUCGUACCAAUGAGGAUCUAAGGUCAAAGUGGAAGUAUAUGAAUUGGCACAACAAUCACCUUCUCAAAAUCCAUUGUCCUUGAAAUCACAUUGAGCAUCAGCAUCUAAAGGUUCAUUCUUAGCUAGCUAAUUGAGUUGAGGCAGCUGCUAAGAACUUCUUCGUGCAAUAGCUGACUCCAUUCGAAG